AUGAAGUUCAUCUUUGCUUUCUCCUCCCUCCUUGCCCUUGCGGCCGCCGCCCCUGCCCCUAGCGAGGCUAGCACAGAUGCUUGCCUCCUAAAGCGUGCUGAUGGAAACUUUCUCGUCGAGCGAGGAGGUGGCUGCGGUUAUUACGGAAAGCGUUCUGAAGCCAGUACCGACGCUUGUCUUCUGAAGCGUGCCGUCGAUGGCUCUUACAGCAUUGAGGCCCGAGGCGGCGGCUGUGGAUAUUACGGGAAACGAUCUGAGACCAGCACCGAUGCCUGCCUCCUUAGACGGGGGGCUGAUGGCAAAUACACCGUUGAAGAGAGAGGUGGUGGCUGCGGAUACUACGGAAAGCGUUCUGAGGCUAGUACCGAUGCCUGCUUGCUAAAGCGUGAGGCCAAUGGCAAGUACAUUCUUGAGGAGCGAGGCCACGGAUGCGGAUUCUACGAGUAA